CUUUCCCCAAAAGAAAAAAGAAAAAAGAAAAGAAGUGUAAAUCCUAAAUUCCCCGAUUCCAGUCGCACUCUCUGUCACUCACCGUCGACAUCCCGCAGAAAUCUCAGGUUUUCGUUGCUCUAAUGGACGGAGAUCAUCCCGCUGCAGGUCUUCUUCUUCACAUUCAUACUUUUUUUGGUAGAUCGCAGUGGAUUUGAGUACUAAAAGAAGCUUCGAAAGCGAUGAAAAUGAUAUCUCCGCGUCAAAGAAGUGUUGCACUUGCACGAAAGUAUGUGAAGAAGGUGUUGCUGCUGCGAUGAUUGCGUCACUCACUGAAAGUCUUCAGAGCUGUAAAGAUGAGCUUGCUUCAUGUCAAAGGGAGCUUGAAUCAGCAAAAGCAGAGACUGAUAAGUGGAACUCAGCGUUUAAGAAAGAGUCCUUUGUUCCUGCUAGUAAAUCUCCUGAACCUGCAUUUGUGAUUGACUACAUCCAAACUCUAAGAUCUUCCGACAAGUCUUUGAAAGAAAAGUUGGAAAUUGCACAAAUGAAGUUAGCGAUCCGUGAUCUGAAAUCUCAACUCAAGCCAGCGUCAAUGAAGACAGAUGAGUACCCAGAAGUCGACAGCGAGCAUCAAGGAUCCACCCCCGCUGGUCCUUCACUAGGAGAAAUCCCUAAGGAUGAUGAGCAGGAGGAACCGGACAUCGAGUCUCUGAAAACGAUCAUUGAAGAUCAAUUUCGCAUGAUUCAGACACAGAAUAGUCACUUUCAAACACAAAGUAGUCAUAUUGAGACACUGAAUAGUCAGAUUCAGACGCAGAAUAGUCUGUUUCAGAGGUUUGAUGCUUUUUUUGACUACCUUGCUGCGAAGGAUCCACAUUUGGCAGCCCUUCGGAGCACCAACUUGAAUCCAAAGAACGAUCAGGCUGGAACUGGGAACGAUCAGGCCGGAAAGAAUGACUCCAACACCGUGUAGUUUUAUUAUGUUUACUAGGUGAUUUUCCCGUGCUCAUGCACGGGUAUAAAUAUUUGUAAAGUGAAUAUACUACAAUAAUUGAUUGAUAUUUAGUUUUAGUUUUAAAAUAGUUUGUAAUUUUUAUGUAAAAUUUAUAUCAAUAAUACUACAUUAAUUUAGUUUAGACA